GGCAUGUUAUUACCAAUUAUUUUUCUAUGGUACUCUGAAUUCCUAGACAGAUCUCUCAAAUGAGAGCACCAAUUUUAUGAUACCUCUCUUGCAGGGUAUGACAAGCUCUUCAACUUCUAUCCAUUUGCAUUUGGAAUGCUUGCAGUCCGGCAAGCCUGGAGCUUGGUUUACUUUUUGCUGAUCUUGCUUUUGUCAAUAUCGUACACGGUAGUUGGUAUAGCAGUUCUCGAAGAAAGCAUAUAUGACGAUUUUCCAGUGAUGAUACGGUAUCGUAGCUACAUCAGAGUCAUCCUCUGUAUUCUUGGAUUCCUGAUCGGUGUCAGCGACAAUCUCUUGACGGGUUCAAGCAGUUACAAUGAUGAUAUCACGCUACAAUUUGGGCACUGGUUAACAAUCGUCCUGGUCUUUGUCCUUACAUUCAGCAUAGGGUACGUUUAUGGCACACAGCGAUUCUCCGAUGACAUAAACUUUUUGAAUGUAAGUCAGCCUGCUACAUUUUGGAAAAUAUGUUGGAAGAGUUGUCCUUUUGGCAUUCUGAUUUUAAUUGGAAAGGAGAUAAUUGCCAUAAAAUUUUCUCUCAAAAAUGUCGCCGAAAUUACAUCAAGCAUUGCUUACGCGCUCGUUCUCACCAUGGCAGUUUUUCGUCUACUACACUUAAUCGUCAUGUCCAUCAAGGCAAGAAAUGUCACAGGCAUGUUGUUUCAAGCUACGCCACAAUGGGGACCUCCAGAUCAGGAGGAUCGUAGAAUUCGCAACACUUACAACCCCAGGGAAGAAACCAGGUACUGGCGGAGAAAUAAUCUCUGCACACACCGUUGCCUUAUAAAUAAUAAGUUGAUCAAGACCAUCGUCGCCCAAGAGGUAGCCUCCAGGGUCAGGACACAAGACAAAGACGUGUUGCACAAGGAUUUCUCCAAAGUUAUGGCCCAGUCAAAACAAAAUCAGGCCAUUUUUGCCAUUGAAAAGGUCUCAAGUACUGAGCUUGAGGCCUUUGAGGAAGAAGUGGAGCAGAAAAUAAAGUUUCUCGAAAAGACAAGAGAGAUAGCGGCCAAGCUACGUAGCCAAUCUAUUUCACCAAAAAAUCAGAUGAAGGCUAUAGAAUCUACAGAUGCUUUAGACCAACGAAUCGAGGAAAUUGUUCGGCAAGCAGAGCAGAAGGCUCAAUUAGAAAAUAGAAAUGAUAAGAAGACAGAACAGAAAACAUUUUCUAAAACAAGACAUAAACAGAUGCCAACAUUUGUGCCAAAAGAUACACCAAGACCAAGAAAGCAAGUUCUGAAAACUAGACUACCAGUGGAACGUAAGAGCAUUGGGGAAAAACAACUGGCUAACAUUCACACCUACACAGUUCAGAUUCCAGAUUUUAACUUGAACCCAUUAAAAAGAGCCCACCCCCAAUCAGCAUUCAUGAAGAGCACUCCAAGACUCGAGGUUGUAAAAAUGCUAAAGGAACCAAAUCAGAAUACUGCACCUGUUUUGAACAAAUUGCAUGUAAUAGCUCCUGUACUUUCCCUGCUGGCUGGAUCUUCCAAGUCAACACCCACCAGUUUGUCACAAAGAAAGUUUGCCGGAGUGGGGCCAAAACCAGUAGAGUCCCAUUUUCCACCAAAAAUGCCCUUGAAUUCAUCACUUUUGUCUGUAUUGACUCCUGAGCUGGGGUCAUCCGCUACAUCUUCAAGUACUUUGACAAAGGAAGCUGGAUCAUCUUGUUGCCAAAUUCAGAACAUUCGUGAAACUGAGAAAACGAAUAUGACUUUUGAGUCACUACCACUUCAAAUUCCCUCGAUAUCAGAAAGUUUGGAAAGCUUCUUGGAUUGUUCAGAACUUCACUUAUUGAACCACGACUUGGUCCUACGGGAUAUCAUAUAUUCAGUUCACCCGCAAUUAAUAUCAAAUGAGGUAACACCUGCAUGUCAUGAGAUGCCUUGAACUCCUGUGUAAGGUUGAUGACUCAUCAUUUGGGUUUUUCAAGUUUAGUGUUAUUUUACUGCAACAGUAAUUACCUACUCUACUUUGGGUUUACUCAAGAAAUAAUAUAAAUAUUGUGAGAGGUAUGUAAGUGACAUCAAACUCGGUAGUAACUUUUCGAAAAAUC